AUGUAUUGUAUUAAGGACCCCCAGCAUCUGCUGUAUCAAGAGAGUGUACAGUCCGCAUUUAAGGAUAUCUACAAAUGCCUUAAAAUCGAUAACACCGAUGCUGAUUUGUUGGCGGAAGAACUUGAAAUGUUUGUGGGAAUGGUACACUCGCACCGAAAGCAAAGAGGUUACGUCGACAAUUUCUCUAACUGUCCAUUGAAUUUCAGUGACGAAUCCGUCACCCAACCCAUCGAAGGUGCUCAAACUCCAUCGUCGAGAUUCUAUCCAUCCGCAUCUCUUACCGUUCAUCCUUCAUCAUCAAUUCCACUGUGUCCCAAAACUUUCACUCCAUUCCCAAAACUGCCGCCCGAAUUGCGGGCAAAGAUUUGGCGUUCAUGUGCUCCUGAACGUGGGCGUGUCAUAGAGCUGAACAUGUCUGAAGAUUCAAUCUUUCCUACAAAACACCCUGCGCAGGCUGUGUUUCAUGUGAAUCGAGAAAGUAGAAGAGAACUCCUAUCUGUCAUGGGAUACGAAACUUUGAUGCUGAAGAAUAGUCGGCACUUGAGGAUUGAAGCAUGGAGUAGGGAUGCCGUUAUCAAUUUUACACAUGAGAUUCUUUUUCUCAACCCGCCAAUCACCGAAUUUACUGGGCGUCGCUACUCCGACCUCGAAGGCAAUAUACCAAAAAUGUUGUUAGCGCUCAAACAAGCAAUGAAGCCAGACCAAUUAGAAAGAAUUAAAACACUGGCGAUAUCCGUCAAGAAAAUUCGGGAGUUUGAGGUAAAAGCGGCUUAUCGUCUACCUGCAUUUCGAGGAUUGGAAACUCUCAUUUUGGUUUUGGAAAAGGAAAAUGGGGAUGGGAAGAAGAAAAUAGUUUUCUCGAAAAUAAACGGACGUACAAGUUUGUAUGAUGUACCUUUGUGGAAAAUGUCAUCUGUUCUACUACAAGUUGCCAAGAACACUUUUCGUCUUACUCAAACAGGGAGUUACACAAGUUGGAACCCGCCAGAGUUGGUAAUGUGUCUUAAACACACUCGAGAUUGGAAUCAAGAAAGAUUUGUGCCGGAAUUCACCUGGAAGAAGGUUCCGCUGAAAGAAGAUCCGUGGAGACAUCAUCACUGA